AUGUCGGCGACCACGCCGGACAUGGGGAAACCCCAGUUCUCCUCACACUCAUGGCUGGAACCACUGGUGGUCGUUAGCAUCAUGAUUGGCUCUCUCGUGCUUAAUCGGCGCAAAAACUACAGCAUAUUCGGCAGCAGAACCACUGACGAGCGCAAUCCCCGCGGGUAUUUUGACUCUGUAGAAGAUGACCGCGGACAGUCGCCCAACCCGAACAAAGCAGAGCGCGUUUGUGGCAUUCCUAUCAGCACACCAGACUCAUCGCGUUGGUCCAACCAUAUCCACAGCCGCAUCUUGUACAAAUUCCCCUUCUUGGUCGAGAUGUUCUAUUGGGCUGUCAACUAUCUGUUCUACUCCGUCACCAAGGCGACGGCACAAUGGUUGGCUCCCGCUCAGGUGGGUGUGGUUGAAGUCGCUCAGCGACAUGGCGAGGAUAUCCUUUGGUUCGAGCAUGAGUCGAUCUUCAGAUGGUUGUUCCCGAUUUUGGAAUCGGACUUUCAAGGUUAUUUCCUGGGUAGUCACCCGGGCAUCAUGACCUUUUUCAACCGGAUUUACUCGCUCGUGCAUAUCCCAGGAACCGUACUCUUCAUCUCCUGGUACUACCACGAAGCCCCCAAUGCAAACACUUUCGCCCUCGUCCGCCGCACCAUGACCCUCGGCAACUUCUUCGCUUUUGCAACCUUUUGCGUAUACCCAUGCAUGCCACCCCGUCUCCUCCCCGAGUCCUACCACUUCUUCGACACCGUCCGUCAAGAGCAUGCCGAGAGUGUCUGGGUCGACAGCAAAUCCGUGAACCAAUUCGCCGCCAUGCCCAGUCUACACUUUACCUACGCCUUCGUGAUCAGCAGCACAUUCCUCUAUCACUCUGAAAUCUUCCGCCGACUUCGCGGCAAGCCCGUCCGCAAGUCCACCAUCACUCAAAUCAUCUACACGGUUCUCGCAUUCGCAUACUCGCUGCUGGUUCUCAGCGUUAUCGUCGCGACUGCAAACCACUAUUGGCUGGACGCUGUCAUGGCCAUGAUCUCGGUCACCGUGUGCUUCAUGAUUAACCGCGUAUUCUUGCUACUGUUGCCAGUCGAGUACUGCCUCUGCUGGAUCCUGCGACUGGCCAAGCCACCUCCCCACGUCGGCGGGAACAAGUCGGACGCCCAGAGCGGUACCGAAUCACCCAGAUACCGGUCUGUGCCGGGCUACGAUGUCGUGUGA